AUCUCUUUAGUCAGGUGGUUUAGCUCCUCUGUUUGGCUUCUUUAACGUUUCGGGUUCGAUACGCAAGUUCGUAAUUUGAGAUAAAAACCUGAAAAAACGUUAUCUUCUUCCCAAGUUUCUGAUUCUGCGAGAUUUUUUCCCCAAACUCAUCUUCUUCGAGUGACUUGUACAGAUUAGGUGUUUUUUUUAAUAGUUAUUGUUGUUCUCCCUUGAUCGUGGUCAAUGACCUCGCUACUCCUUCUCAGAACUCUUCCGCUCCUCCGUAACGGGUUUUUAAACCACCGGCAUCAAGUCGGUAUCGUAGCUGGUGGAUUCUUAUCUCAGCGUCGGCGUUUGUGGUGUUCGCUUGCUGAUAAACCACAGUUUUACGAGGAUGACGGCGACUCUACGGCGGAGCGAUCCGGCGCGGCGAUGAAUACGGCGUCGCCUGUUGUUGUUGAUAAUAGCUGGCGUUUUGAAGAUCCUGAUUAUCGGAAAUGGAAAAACUUAGAGGCGGAGAUACUUCGAGAUAUUGAACCUAUUGCUCUUCUCGCUAAAGAAAUUCUUCAUUCGGAUAGGUAUUUUGAUGGAGAACGCUUAGACUUUGAGGAUGAGAAGAUUGUCAUGGAAAAGCUUCUUGCGUAUCACCCCUACUCGAAAGAUAAAAUUGGCUGCGGUCUUGAUUUUAUAAUGGUUGAUCGGCAUCCUCAAUUCAGGCACUCGAGAUGCCUCUUUGUCGUGAGAACAGAUGGUGGAUGGAUAGAUUUCUCGUACCAGAAGUGUCUUCGAGCCUACGUCCGAGAUAGGUACCCGUCACACGCUGAGAGGUUUAUCCGCGAACAUUUUAAACGUGCGAGUAGCUAAAAUCUGUAAUACCAUCCCUCUCAUAAUCACAGCAACUUCUCUCAUAUAAAUUUUGCUGAAAAAUCAAUCACACAAUCAGCUCUGAAGCAUUGUUGUACAAAAUUUCUAAUUGCUCAAUCUAUCGAAAAGGCUUUGUAUCAUCAGUUAGGAAAAUAACAGAAUAGUAGUAGUUGGACUU